UGUAGUGCUGCUCUGGCAGUGGUACCUGCCUGGUAACCAGUGCACAUGGUGAGCCACACUUCCUUAAAUUUCCACAAAACACAGGUGUAGAAUUAGCCCUGUGUGAUUCAGGAUGACUCCAUUUCCACGCCACCCUUCCUGUCGUGAUGUUGCUGUCCUAUGUAGUGAUUAAAUUCAUCAAAAAUAACUUAUUUUAAGCAGUGGCCAGUUUAAAAGCCUGAUGAGAGAAUGACUGUUAAAAUAAUUAGAUUUCCAGCUCCAGUUUCCAGGUUAGGAUAUUAUGGAGACAUUUGUUCCUAUCACAUUUGCUUUGUGGUUCAGUAUGAAUUUUCAAUAGAUGACUUUGCGAUAAGAAAGCAGCAAUUCAGAUGCAGUUAUAUAAACAGUAAGAUCAGCCUGGAAUUAGCCUGGAGAGUAUAAAGCACACACGGAUCUGGUGCUGGGUCACUGUUUCUCCCAGCUGAAGGCAGAAUCAGGUUCCUGUAUUAGGGAAGAAUUCAGCUGACAAGAGCAUGAGUCCCUUCUUUGUGAUGUCUCUCCUCUUUGGCCUGACUGUUUGUCAAACAGCAUCACUUUGUGCUCCUUCAGAGUAUAUAAUCCACGUGGAGAAAAGGGAAUGUGCCUACUGCCUGGCCAUCAACACCACUAUCUGUGCCGGAUUCUGCAUGACUCGGGACAGCAAUGGCAAGAAGCUGCUACUCAAAAGCGCUCUGUCCCAGAACGUUUGCACAUAUAAAGAGAUGCUGUAUCAAACAGCACUGAUUCCAGGCUGUCCUCAUCACACCAUCCCUUAUUACUCCUACCCUGUGGCCGUGAGUUGCAAGUGUGGUAAAUGUAACACUGACUAUAGUGACUGUGUUAAUGAGAAGGUCAGGACAAACUACUGCACUAAACCACAGAAGCUUUGUAACAUGUAAGCCUCCAACAGAAUGUAGUCAGAAUGUACCUCUCUGCUUACAACUAAACGUAAAUAAAAGUGUAUUUCAUAA